AUGCCUCCAUUGUUCUUCUAUGCCUUCAUUAUCUCCUACUUUCCCAUUUUUAGUACUUGCCACCACAAUCUCCGGCAGCAGCAGAACGACCCUGCCCACGACGACAUUGAUUGCCUGAAAUCGAUCAAAUCAUCGUUCCUCGACCCACUCAACCGCUUAAGAUCAACCUGGAAAUUCGCCAACGACACAAACGCUGGACUCUGCAACUUUCCUGGUAUAACCUACUGGAACAUGUACGACAACAAGGUCCUCGGUCUCGAUCUCCAUGACAUGGGUCUCGUCGGAGAUUUCCCACGAGGGAUCGAGAAUUGCCGUUCUAUCACCAACUUGAACCCCUUGGGAAACCACCUCUCUGGCCCAAUCCCAUCGGAAAUUCUCGUCGCGAAUGUUCUCGUCUACUGGGCAGUGACUCGCUAA